ACAAAAUAUAGUGAUGGUGAAUAAGAGCAUUUUCUUACUGUUCUUCUAAGGACAUUGAACUGUUAUGGAAACAGGCACGUAUGAGAAAGGUAUUGAGAGUGACGGUGGCCGACCGGUGUUUCGCUCCAGCUCACAUGAAGAUGUUGGUGUGGAGGAAGUCGACAUUGGUUUCAAGGACAUAUCUUCAUCCGCCACACCCAACAUAUACGUGGGGAAGCGGAACUUUAUCCACCAGCUGAUGGACGUAGCUCUCAUGAUGGCGAACGUCUCCCAACUCAAGACACUUCUGGUAUCCGACAGAGGUGACUACUUCUAUCUACUUUUGACCUUCAUCUGCCUGUCCAUCAGCUUACAAGUAAUUUUCACUAUCUGCAUGCUCGUUAUUUGGUCCAUCGAGCGAAAGUUGGAGAAGACGACCACGGAAACCGCAACCACAAGUACUUCGAUUACCGCCCAUGUGCAUACGAUAUUAUCCGCAACAGAGGAACGACAGAGGGUCAUUGCGGAUCGGCUUGACAAAGUGGGGAACGUGUUAGUGCUUUUUAUAAUCGUAUCAAAUGUUUUUGUGACCGGCUUUGGUGUAUAAGACCCUCAUUCUGGAAACAUAGACUCUCAGGAUUGAGGCGCAACUCAAAAUAUGGCACAGUGACGAAUCACACUCUCACCCUAUUGAAUAAGUGAAACUUAGCAUAUUGGCAAAAUGAUAAAGCUUGUUAUUUGAAUAUGCUAUACAUUCAUUUAAAGCUUCUAGCUGUUCUCACAGGUAAUGUGUUACGUUCCAUAUAUUAUUCUGAUUUAUUUUAAGUCAAAAACAAAAU